CCUCGGUGCCCUGCAGUGAAGCCUCGCCUCUGCCAGACACGAAAUCUCAAUCAGCUCCUUGUUGCUUGAUGGCGGUAACGAGCGAGUGGCCUCGUUUUGGACCCUUUUGUGUCGUAAAUAAGCAAAGUCGGCGUGUGUUCAUGGAAGCGGGGACUAGGAGGAGCUGAAUUAGCAUGCAUCGCCUCAGCCGUUCCUCAGCAUGUGUGUGUGUUUGUACACUCAGACGGACUUCCUCUGGGUGUUCUGCUGCCGGCUAUUUCGGAUCAAUAUUGUUAAUAGGUUGUGUGUGCGCGCGCGCUGAUGCGGCUUAUGCAGAUUUCCAGCUCUCUCUGUUUGAGUCAGCCCUUCUUCCUUCAGCUCACAAGCUGCUGUCACUGUGUAGCUAUGUGGCGGCGCGCUGUAGGUGUUGUGACUUCAUGUUUGUCCGUCACAAUCAGGCUCCUUGGGGCCCUGAUGUCUCAGGAUCCGCGGGGCUUUCUGUCUCCGUCACUCAUCCGAGUUUGGCUCCCCUCUACUUCUUCCUCUUUCUCUUCCUGGCUCCUCGCUCUGCCUCUUGUCUGUUUAAUUCUGUGUGUCGUUAGCUGUGUCUCCGGCUGUGGGUGGGCCUCUGUGACACUCAGUGUGAUUAUGACAGGCUGUCUGCAGGGAGGCCUGCUGCUUCCAGAGCUGCUCGCCAUAGAGUUCAGUCAGCUUGCAGCGAGAGACAGAAGGACAGGAGCCCAUUCCACCUGGUUGGGCGACGCAAGGAACUUCCUCUUUCUCCUGGCUCCACUUCCUUUGCUCCGCUCCGCCAUGACUCUCCUGGCCUCCGAGAGGUCGCUUCUCAUCAGGAACAAGUUCCGGUCAGUCCUGCAGCUGAGGAUUCAGAACCGAAGGCUGAGCGAAAUCAAUGCAGACCCAGGGUUGAAAUCUGCCUCCACUCAUCAGAAAACAGAGAAGAAACGGAGUGAAGCUCAUCGUCAAACUGAGGACAGCGCCACUCAGAAGUUGCCCCCUGGUGGUCUGAGCACUGAAACUGCACAAGAGAGGACUGUAUGUGGGGCCCUGAGGCAGAGGAAGGCUCGCCCUUCGCAGACCCUCACUGAGAGGAUCCAGCAACCUCCAGCAGCCGCACAGCAACAGCUUGAGCACACGUUGCCCCUGGAGAAUGGUCCUGCCUCGUUCCCCGCUGAUGUCUUCGAAGAGGACAUCUCUUCCUCCAUUUCGUCUUUGAACACGGAGCAGCAUGCCGUUCUCCAAGCGGCAUCCAUUUCCUCCCUGCCGGGCCUCCCAGUUGACCAACCACUAAGUGACUGCUCAGCUGUGGGUCUGACCCUUAAUAACAGUCCCAGUCAUGCACAGUCCGGCCUGACGUUGCUUCCAGCAACCGCGGGCGUCAGACAACCUCUGAGCGUGACGCUGGGUGAAUCUAACUCCUUGGCACCAACUGGAAGACCGAAUGGGACGUUCCUGACCUCUCAGACGACACCCCUGCUGCCCAAGACAGCUCGGCCUCCCAGCCCGAUCUGCCCCUCGUCUUUGCCCCCUUCCCUAAACUUCAAUCCCCUUACCCGCCCACGGAAACCGCGGGACAUCAAACCCAAGAUGAAGAAACUCAAGUAUCAUCAGUACAUUCCUCCAGACCAGAAGGGAGCGUCUGGGACUGGAGCGGGAGGAGCUAAGCAGAGCAGCCCUGCCCCUGCGCAGCCGCUAGACCCUGCCUACUCCCAUCUGCUGAAACAACAGCAGGUCUUCCUCCAGCUUCAAAUCCUGCAGAGUCAACAGCAGCAGCAGCAGCAGCAGCGACUACAGCCGCCGCAGCAAGUUGCAGUUGUACCGAGUGGAGAUCACAUUGAUCUGGUGAAGUCUUGUGGAGCCUCACCGCUCAGCCUCCAACCUGUUCCUGCCACAACAAACCAAACUCAGACGGACGUAAAUCCUACUUCCAAACCAGAGCCUCUUCCUGCAAAUCUUGUUGAUCUAACGGUGUCGGAGUUGAGGCAGCAGCUGCGUAAACGUGGCCUCCCUGUCUCUGGAACCAAGCCGGCCUUGUUGCAACGCCUUCGUCCCUUCCAGCUUCAGCACGCCUGCCCCGCCCCGGCUCCUCUUAGCGAGCUGGGCACCAGCAUUCCCUGUGCCCCGCUGCCGCCCUGUCAGAGCCCUGGCUCCAGCCCCGGCUUCAGGCUGAGCUCGCCCGGCAGCAGCCCGAACCAACAGCUGUACAUCCAAGACAGGGGGAUUCCUAAUGGGAUUCUCAGUGACGGUCCCAACAGAGACCCAAACGGGACUCUGAACGCCGUCCCAAAAGUGUUCGCAGAUGCUGCGUCAGUCAGUUUGGCAGGUGAACAGUGUGGACUCAGCAGCACUGUGUUCUUGGAUCCCGCCAGCACUGCGUCAGGAAGUCCGAGUCCCAGUUUGCCCAUGUCGUCCUCCUCGCCCCUACAGUGUGGGACUCCCUGGAGAACCGACAGAGAACAGCAGCAGCAGGAGCAUCUAGAGCUGAGCGUGAAGCUGGAGAAGCGGGAGAGGAAGAGGAGCCGGCAUACUGACUUCUACCUGCAAGUGGGUACUGAGUGUGGGGAGGGAUCCCUUCAUCCGUUCCUGCAACAGGAUCCUGGAUGCCUAAAAAGGAAGGCAGAGCUAAAUGCGCAAACAGAGGUGUUUGCUCAGCCGUGUGAUGUGAUUGGCCAUGACUUUGAGCUGCCACUGCAGAUUACAGCGAGUCCAGCUCAGACCUCACCUGGCGUUCGCAGCUUAGAGGAAGAGCUGCAGGAGGCCAUUCAGAAAGCCCAGAUGGACCCUCCACAGUCUAUUGAUGAUAUUCUAGAUGAGCCACUUAUUUGUGAUGGCUCUCUUGAGGCCUCUGAUCAUAAAUCUGCUGCACACUCACUUCCUGACCGCUCCCCUGCCCCUCAAGCCGAGCAGCUCCAGCCUUUUCAGCAGCAAGAUGACAACUUCCUGCCGUCCCCUCUUUGUUCCUCUCUCUUGCUGGAGCUCCCUCCGUCUCCUGCUGUAAUAAAUCCAAGCCAGGUCGUCCCUGCGCCUCCGCCUCUCCCAAUCUGCACCUCCCCUUCGCCUUUGACAAGAAGGUCUCGGAAACGGCGGGCUCCUGCACAGUUUGACGCUGCCGACUGGCUCGAAACCCUCACGUCAGGCCUCCACCCUCUCACCCCGCCAAAACCUCCGUUUGUCGAGUCUGAUUUUAGUCUGGAUUCGGAUCUGAAUGUGAAUCGUGUGCUUGAUCUUUUGAUAGAGCAAUGGUGAAGAUGAAGAUGUCAAAGCUGGUGUGCAAAAACGGCGCCGCGAAAAAGUAUUCAUAUCCCGCGAACGUUUUGACAUAUUUUGACGUUUCAACCAAAAGUCUCAAUUGUAAUUUAUCGGCAUUUUGAUGGAGCAACACAAAGUGGUGCAUGAUCAUAACAUGGAGGGAGUUUUCAAAACACCUUACUUUAAAAAUCUAAAAAGUGUGGCAGGUAUUUGGAUUCAGCCCUUCUUAGUGAGAGGACCAAUUUUCAGUGCAAAACAGCUGCAGGGCAUCUGGAGGUAUGUCUCAUUUUGUCUAUUCUUAAGCUCCUUAAGACUGAAAUAAUGUUAUUUGUGAGCUUUAACUUUCAACACCAUGUAGAUUUGAAAUUGAGUUUAGGUUUAGGUCUUAACCAGGCCUUUCUAACAUAUGAACAUGUUUCAUCUAAACCAUUACACGGGCGCUGGGGCGGUAUUUUUAGAGUUGUCAAAAGGUCAACCUUCUCUGAAAUCUGAAAACUAUGCUCCCCUCGUCCAGCCUGAUAGUUUACAUCCGGGGUGUCCAAGCUGUGACCCGGGGGCUACAUGUGGCCCUUGAAAUGAUUUUGUUUGAGCCCUGACCACAAGUCAAGAUUUGAUGACCCAAAACAUUUGGAAAUGCUCUGUUUUUCUUUUAGUAAGACAUAAAAACAACCUUUUUAUGUACCGGAUCUUAUGCAGAUAUACAGAUUUUAUAAAAAUGUCGUUUAUUGUUGAGCAGGUAAAACGACAACAACAAAAAAUUACAACAAAAUAAUUUUGCAUUUUGGUUUUUAAUUAGUUCUGUGAUGCACCAGAGGUUUAAAUUUCCCAGGUUUGGCUUCGAAGGGGAAACAGUUUGGACCCGAGUGGCUCACCGCGUCUUUAAGUUGUCAUGCCAUCCGCUUCUCAUGAAGCUGGUCGUUCACUAAUAUCCUUUAACUAACCUCUAAGGUCUCGAAAGAGCAGUUUGUAUCUAAGCUGAGAUUAAAAUGCACAAAGGUGAACUCUUUUCGCCUAUAAUGUGAAUUCUGAAUGCAAAUGAUUACACUGGAUUUUAUUUUAUUUUUUGCGAGUAUAUAGGACUGAAUACAUUUUUGCGUCACAUGUUUGAGAUUAUUUUUUACAAAAAAUGUUUUCUCAACAUGAUGUCUCAAAAUCUCAAGGGAUGUGAAAUACUUUUUGCGAGGCGCUUCGUGUUUGCGUUUCCUUUGUAUGAUAAACUGUGGAUAGUUUUCUUACUGUAAUGAAUUGCACAAAGUGUGUUCGUCGUACGUUCCACGACUAACCUGCAGAACUGAGUCACCGGCUCCACGCAAUGUCGAGAGCCGACUUUACUGCAGCCGUCUAGUCAGACGCCGCUCCGACAGGACAAUGAGAACAAACACAGAGAUGUAGUCAUGCGCCCCGUGAACACUGAGACGCAGCAGAGGGGUGUUAAAAAGCACUUUGGCUCAAGCAGCAAAAGAAAACCUGUCGGGGUAUUAAGUUGAACACGGUUGCUGGCUGUGCUGGGAGACAAGUGGGUUUUUGACUUUCCUCCAGAACCCGUUGUCGGAUUGGGUUGAGUGCAGCGGCACCCCGGUGUUCACUCAGUCUUUGAGUCACAGCCAUUCAUAAAGCCCAUUCAGAGUAUGUGAAAGCCAGACAGAGCACACAGCUUGCGUGUGUCUCCAGACCUUAACCUUGUUGCCAGACGCACAGUCGGCAUGCGGAGGGAAAAACCUGGCAGACUCCCCGAACAAGAAGUGUGCGCUUGCCUUGCGAAUGUACUUGUAUAUCCCUGUAAGGUAUGUAUGCUUUUACUGCUCUUCUUAAUGUGGUACUCUGCACAUAAGUCUGCUUAUGUUUGCAUAAAUGUACAAACUCUCCGUGUUUACUUACAAGUAAUGCAAAAUUAAUUGCUUACUUACCGUUAAAGGGUCCUUGAAAUGAAGCAGGAUGCAGAAAACCUCGGUGUCCUCACUUCCUUUAUGGUCACUGGUGUUUUUACAGCACAAACUCCAAUCAGAAGGGGAAAAAAAAAACACAAAAAAAACACAUUACCUUCCUGAAGUCAUGACUCCACAGGAGAGCAAUCAGGCAACCACCACCGGGAAAAAAAAAA